AUGGACGCAUGGAACAGAGUGCGGGACCUCAGAAAGAAAGCAGGGAAGGGCGGGCUGCCAGGGGCGCGCCCCGACAGGCAGGCAGGCAGGCAGGCACCCCGGGGCCCCGCCGGAGGAAGCCCAGGCAAGCCCGGCCCUCCCGCAGCCCGGCGGCGGGGCUUCGGAGCAGCCCUGUUGGCACAGGUGCCCUGGCGAUGGGCGGCGACCGCCAGGCAACACCUGCGGGGCCGGCGGCGCGGGGCCCGGGGCGGGCUCACACCUGUGCGCGGGCGGCGCUCCAGCCCUGCCGGCCCCGGAGCCCGGAGCCCGGCGCCCGGGCCCAGCGCGGCCGCGGGGCCAGCUGCGGGGCGAGGACACGGCGGAGGCGGCGGCACCCACCUGGCAGCACCUCCUCCGUCCGCGGCGGCAGCAGCAGCAGCAGCAGCAGAGCCCGCAGCCCCUGGCACCAUCUUCCGCCGCCGCCUCGUCCUCGGCGGCGGCUACCAACCGCCCAUCCGGCUCCGCCAACCGACACAAUCGCCGGCGUCCCGGUGCCGGCCGCGGCCCCGAACUCCGGGCGGGCGGGCGGGAGGGAGGGGUCCGGGCGGAGCAGGGACGCGGUCAGCAGGCCCCUCGGCUCUGCGUCGGGGGCCGGGGGGAAGGGGGCCGCGGCCCGUCAGAGCCGAGGGGCCGCGGCGACGGGCGGGCUCGGAGGCAGCGCCGGGGUUCGCAGGCCCGCGGGCGGACGCGGCCGGAGCGGGGUUUGUUAUUGUCGACUCCGUUCCUUCCUCCGCGGGGCAUGCCGGGAGGCGGCGGGCGGGGGAGGGGCGGGCCGGCGGCGCAGAGGGCCGGCGCGCAGGACCGGAAGUCGCCGGAAGUCGGAGGCCUGCCGGGAAAGGGGCGGAGUCGGCCGGCCGGCGCUGUCCUCUCCUGACCUGGGAGGCCGAACUGGGCGGCCCGGGCGCUGCGGCCGCGGUCCGGCGGGCGUUCCCGCAAGGUGAACUUGACCUUCCCUUGCCCCGGCGAGCUGGCCUGAGCGAGGCGGACCCUGCGGAAGGCUGGAUCGGCUCCAGGGGAAAGGGCUCGUCUCUGCAGCGGAUCGCGGAGGAGCGGGGCCUGCCCCAGGUCGGGGUCUGGUCUCCUGCCCCCUGGGCCGCCCGAUGGGGGGGCCCGGAGGGCUGUGGGCCGGCGGGGUCGGGGCCUGGCUGCCAUCCCCACCCCCGGCACCUCCCAGGGGCCCGGGCUGCCAGCGGCUGGCCAGUGUCUGCGGGUGGGAACGGCACCGAGUUCUCAGACCAGCUCCGGGUCCAGAAAGACAACAAAACCAGACAGCAUCCCCAUGGCUACCCUGAGAACCAGCUGCAUUGAUUAGACCCCCUGCCCAGGCACCAAUCCAUCCGUGGAGACAACCCUGAAAGGACACACCUGGAGAACGGCUGAAGGGUCUAUCAAUAGAAGAUUAAUAGACUUUCCCUCAAAUCCCCACCCUUAGAACUCUGAGGACCUCCCUCCCUGGGGCAAGCCAGGGCCUUUCUCUUUCCUUCCCCUUCUCCUUCCUCUGCCUCCUCCUCCCGGUCCCAAAUCCUCCUGCCUGUCCCAACGUCACCAUUAGCUUCCUCACUCCCAAGCUCCUAGGGCCCUUCCUUUACCUCUAAAACUUGUUUGCUAAGCCUAUUUCUUCUAGGAAUUACUGCUUCUGCCUCUGUAAUUUACCCAAUACUUGUUCUCUAAGAG